AUGCGUUCAGAAGUCGCGAUUGCAUCAGAUGUUACAGCGCGAAAUGCUUCGCAUGGUCUCUGCCUGUAUUAUCCUGCACUGUUCCUAUCAGACAGAUGCCAAUUCAUACAUAACCUACCCCCAUGCGUAAGUCUCACUACGAACCCGUCUCUCAACUCGCACAGGCUUCAAAAUCCGGUUGUCUGGAUCGGUUGA